UCGAAGGAUCUUGCGGACAGACAUUCAGAAAUGCAAUUUUCCCAGCCCCACGAGGGAUAGGCUUCGUUAAAACCCAGCCAAUUAUAAUAUUUGGUAGUACGGCAACCCAACUGUCGUUAAAUCUUCUUUUUCACGAGGAUCAAUUAAACACCCCCAUCAGGUACAAGUAUGGUGAUAUGCGGUAUACAAAUUGGUCUGUAUCGGCCAUGGAUCUAAAUUCUCGUGAGCUUUGCCCGUAGUCCUAUUUUUCGACGUUUUUCACGAUGAGUUUCAGAGCAUCAACAAUAUCUAAAACUGAGGAGCAACGAGAAUCUGUUGUCAACGAAUUGACUAUAAGAAUAACCGAGGCUUUCAAAGUGUACGAUCACAACGGGGACAAUACGGUGAAUCCCCGGGAUGUGGGGACUAUCAUUCGCUCACUGGGAUGCUGCCCGACCGAAGCGGAAGUGAAAGACAUAAUCGUACAGUCUGAAGAUCCGGAAAAGGCCGGAGUGGUUCCUCUCAGAUAUUUUCUGCCCGUGGUCGCUCAGAUCAUCUCCGACUUCAAGAUGAAGCCGUCUUCUGCAGAAGAUCUCCUUGAGGCCUUUCAGACUCUGGAUAAAGAAGGGAAGGGUUUUCUGGAACCCCAAAUGAUGGCUAAGGCCAUGAUGGAAGAGGGAGAGUCCUUCACGCAAGAAGAGAUCGAGGAGAUGAUGACGCUAGCAGUAGACCCGGUGACUGGACAUAUACCUUAUGAGUACUACAUCAACCAACUUGUCGUAAAUGUUGAACCAAAUAUUUUUUCACUGGUACCGAAAAAGUCCGUUGUGAAAAAGAGGAAACUGGGAGAAGGUUUGGUUUAAGGGAAAAGCUCAAAUAUGUGUCUCAAAUAUUUCUGUUAUAUAAUGUAUAGUAAAAUAUGAAAUACUAAUAGUGUCAAAGCUGACUAAUAAAGUAAGUA